AUGGGACGCCCCACACUGGAACGGGUGCAUGGUCGAGUUGUGGCCGGUCUACCUGAGCGUGUUGCCUUACUAGACUCGCAACCUGCUGCAUCUCUAUUACGUCAACUCACCGACACUGCUAUUCAAGAAUACAUGCGGAGUAUGAAGAAGGCGGCGUUACUGGCCAAACUACGCAGUGAUCCAGCCUUACAAGCACGGUUUCAAGGUUUAGAUCUUCAUCCUGGUAAGAAAAUGACGGAACCGGGUACUAUCACAUACGGUAAAGUACCAAUUCCGGGUCAUGACUUUGAAAGGAAUCGACGACGUGUGAGUACCGUGUCAUAUACCAGCUCCCCGCAGUUACUCGCUGUACUGCGGCGUAUGUAUACGGGGUGGGAUAAGACAUUCCAGAAGUUGUUACUGGUUCAGACUGACAAGGAUACUGCUAAGAGCACUGAAAGUCAACGGUCUGUACUAUCAACACCGACUUUGGCGUCCCAGAUGCCGUUCCGUGUGCUGGACUUCCAGGCUCUACAAGCUGCACAUGCCAAUAAAAUCGCCGAGAUCUUACUGGUGGACUGGAGACGUGCACUGGUUGAGAACAUUAUCGACAAUCUUCAAGAUCACUUCGAUCUGUUCCUCUCCGACCGUGUAAUCUACGACUCCAGUCGACUCAAAAGAGUCCUCACUGGACUGGAACUACGUCUGGCUGCUCAACUACGUGAAGUAGUGCAUCGAUCAGUCGAUGAAUGGGUGAGUUUUGUACGUCUCCAUGCAGAGAACGGAGCUCUCGCCUCGAAACAGGAAGAUGUUCAGGAUAAAGACCCCGUUCUAGCAAGAAAAAGCUCUUCCCAGUUUCUAGAGCAGAAGAUCCGAGCUCCACGUAGCUCGUUAUUCAGUGUCCAGCUGGCGUUCGUGAACGAUCAAGUGGUAGUGGAGCCGUCAGCUCAAGACGUGACCGCUGCGUUGUUAGAACCUCUUGACGCUAUCGCCACGGUAGUCCAAGAAAUCGACCGACUGGACUGCGAUAUCAUGGGCUUGUUAUCUCUGGAUCGCAGACCGCUACUGGACUUCAGUGUGGACUCGGAAACGGGUCGAGAUCGCGUGCAAAAAGCUAGUCGUCGAGCAGUAGUAGCCGAGUGUUUGGACGCUCUACAAGCAGCCAAAGUGGCGGUGUGUGCGAGUGUGGAGCAUGCGAUGCAGGCGGCUCAUGCGCUAGCUACUCAGUUCGCUGCGUACACGGACUUUGUGCACUUCGACGCGUCUGCAUUCAUCGCAGAGCUGCAGCCAGUGCAGCAACAAGAACUGCAGCUCUUAAAGGAAGACAAGACGCCAGAAGACCAGUACUUGCCACGCUUGUGCGAGCAGAUCCGGAGAUUCCACGAACUCGCGUUCCGUGUGGACGUCAUCGCCUUCGACUUCGUCGCUUUGCCGCUUGUGUGCGUGCAUACCAGCGCUCUCAAGAAGCAGCUUCGCUCCAGGUCUCUGGAGCUACGGGAUACGCUCAUAUCGAGCUUAGUACGUGACGCCCGGGCGCAAAAUCUGGCGAUAACCGCGCGAUACGCUGCGAUUCUUGCGCGUAUCAACGAGAAGCCUACGAACGAGGCUCAGUUGGCUAGACUCAAGCAGUUUGUAGGCGAGAGUAAGGCCGUGAUCGCCGGUAUACAGCGCGAAGUUGCGGCUAUCCACGUGCGCUUGGACGCGUUGAAUGAGUUCUCGCAUAAAAUCUCGGCCGAGGACUUUACGCUCGCCCAUUCGACGAAAGAAUGGCCGCUUAAGGUCGCUCAUGCAGCGGAUUCCUGCGAUUCCGCGCUAGAAGAGGAUAAAGUGCGUAUGAUGGACCGAUUGGCGCUUGAAAAAGAGGCUUUCGAGCUGGAUCUGGAGCGCUUUGAAGGCGAAGUACGGGCGUUCACUCGCUACGGCGAAGUGGAGCACACAGACAAGUACGUGGAACUGGCCGUCACGCUGUUCGACGCACUACAAGACGCUCGAGCCAAGGCACAAGACUUUAAUGCUCGCGAGGCAGUAUUCGGCUUCCCACCGACUGAAUACGCGCCGCUACUGGCCAAGCUGGAAGGAGACUUCGCUCCGUACUAUAAGCUGUGGACUAUGAGCUCCGAGUUCCAUUCCAGUCGCCAGACGUGGCUCAACGGCCCGUUCUUGGAGCUCAAAGGCGGCGCGAUCGAAGCUCUCGUGACGGAGUGGUGGAAAGCGUCAUACAAACUGAGUAAGUCUCUAGUGGACGACGCACCGGGGUCUGCUGAAGUGGCGCUUAUACUACGAGAACGCACGGAAGAGUUCAAGGCUUAUCUACCAGUGAUUCAGUCGCUGGCCAGUCCGGCAUUACAAGAGCGUCAUUGGGAGAAAUUGCGCCACACUAUCGGCUUUGAAGAGUCUGAAGAGGAGUUAACAUUGCAGCUUCUACUUGAUCGCGGUAUCACGCAACAUUUGGAGACUAUACAGGAGAUCGGGACCUUUGCAGAGAAGGAAUAUUCACUUCAGAAGAACUUGAGUGCUAUGAUAGCGGAGUGGGAAAAGGUGGAGUUCCAGACGGCGCCGUAUCGCGAGACUGGCACGUACUUACUGCGCAGUACGGACGAUAUAGUAGCGCUACUGGAUGAUCACCUAGUCAAGACGCAGACGAUGCGCGGCUCUCCGUACAUCAAGAGUAUCGAGAAAGACUUAAACGGCAUCAAAAAUUACGUCCAGGUGUUGAAUUUGCAACUGGAAAAGAUCGUCAUGCUCGUGCGUGGCAACUUGACAAAGUUAGAGCGUACAACGAUCGGAGCGCUGGUGGUUAUCGACGUGCAUGCACGAGAUACGAUCUCACAUAUGAUCGAAAAAGACGUGGAAAGUGACCAGGACUUUGAGUGGAUCUCUCAGCUUCGAUACUACUGGACGGAAGGCGUAAAAUCUGCGGGUGUGUCCGACUUACAAGCCCGGAUUGUGAAUGCUCGAGUGCGUUAUGGUUACGAAUAUCUGGGCAAUACGAUGCGUCUGGUGAUCACUCCGCUGACUGAUAGAUGCUAUCGUACAAUGAUGGGAGCAGUGGAUUUAAUGUACGGUGGCGCACCGGAAGGUCCAGCAGGAACAGGCAAGACGGAGACGGUGAAAGAUCUGAGUAAGGCGAUUGCUAUCCAGUGCGUGGUGUUUAACUGUUCCGAUGGAUUGGAUUAUUUAGCUAUGGCUAAAUUCUUCAAAGGUCUGGCUGGUUGUGGGUCGUGGUGCUGUUUCGACGAGUUUAAUCGUAUCAACAUCGAGGUUUUAUCGGUCAUUGCGCAGCAGAUAUUGACGAUUAAUGAAGGCAAGAAAGCUGGUGUGGACAAGUUCCUCUUCGAAGGAACGUUUAUCAAACUUAACGCCAGUGCCAACGUGUUUAUCACUAUGAAUCCAGGAUACGCUGGUCGUGCUGAGCUUCCAGAUAACCUCAAGGCGUUGUUCCGACCGUGUGCUAUGAUGGUGCCGGACUACGCUUUAAUCUCGGAGAUUCGACUGUACUCUUUCGGCUUUGCUCAAGCGCGUAGCAAUGCUCGGAAGCUCACUCAAGUGCUGCAAUUGGCGUCGGAACAGCUAUCGUCACAGAAGCAUUAUGACUACGGAAUGCGUGCGGUUAACUCCAUUCUGGUAGCUACCGGCGCGUUGAGACAACAGCUCGGUAACGAUCCGUUUUGGACCGAAGAUAAGAUCGUUCUACGCUCGGUACAGGACGUCAACCUACCCAAGUUCACUUCAGAUGACUUGCCACUUUUCCGCGGUAUCACGUCGGAUUUAUUCCCCGAUGUUUUGCUGCCAUUACCAGAUCAUGGAGCGCUGUUACGUCACAUUGAUGAGACCUGUGAACGAGGGAUAAGUAUCGUGCCAGACGUCAACAUUCCGCUGGAAUGUAAACCCGAAUUUAAGAUGAAGGUAGUGCAGUUCUACGAGACUGUACAGGUGCGUCACGGUCUCAUGAUUGUAGGCACUACUGGGUCGGGUAAGACGUGUGUUGUGCACUCGUUAGCAACUGCAAUGACGUCGUGCUAUAACGAAGAGAUCGAGACACAGGAAGAAAACGGUACAAAGGGGGCACCGACGUUGCAACAGCGGGUGAAUAUCCACACGAUGAACCCGAAAGCCAUCACCAGUGGCCAAUUGUACGGCAACUUUGACGAAAACACACACGAGUGGUCGGACGGAGUGCUCGCUUGCACGUACCGUAACUGCGCUCGCGAUACCAGUACAGAACUACAGUGGGUUAUGUUCGACGGGCCUGUGGAUGCUGUCUGGAUUGAGAACAUGAAUACGGUACUGGAUGACAACAAGAAGCUCUGUCUAAUGAGCGGAGAGAUCGUGAAAAUGACGGAACGGAUGAGGAUGGUGUUUGAGACGGAGGAUCUGGAAGAAGCCUCUCCUGCUACAGUCUCACGUGUCGGUAUGGUGUUCUUGGAAGCCAAAGUGCUUGGAUGGGAAGUGCUGGUUCGGACAUGGCUACAUACGCGCUUACCUUUGGCCUUUAAGUCUCACAGUGAGUAUCUGGAAGAAUCGUUUCGGUGGAUUGUGCCUCCGAUGCUUUAUUUCGUCGAUAAACACUGUACAGUGCCCACACCUGUGACGUUCCUAGAGCACGCUGCGUCGCUGUUAAGACUGUUUGAAUGCGCUCUCCGUGAUGGUUUCCCAGACCCAAGUGAUGGCUCUACUACAGCGUCUUCCGUACCUACUGGAGCUGAUGCACAACGUAUUCUGGAGUGUGUACUUAUUAAGGCGGUUAUUUGGUCGAUUGGAGCUUGUAUCGACUCGAAAUCGCGCCGGAUUUUCGACAGAUAUUUACGCGAUUUCCUGUCCGCUGAACUGGCUGUAGCUGUGGCCACAGCGGAGAUGCAUACAGAGCCUGUAGACGAAGAAACGGGAGUCCCCGCGUCGUCCUCUUUGCUUUACUUUAUGGACUUUGUAGCCAAGUCUCCGUCGUAUAUGCUGCUACCUGACCGUGUAGCGAUGCUUCCAAUACCUGAAGAAGGACUCGUAUACGACUACCGCUUUGACACACGACGUUGUGUGUGGGUUAACUGGAUGGAAGCUUCUGGAGCGUUCGUAAUCCCUCGAGACGCGCAGUUUACUCAAGUAUUAGUGCCUACAAUCGACUCGGAGCGUAACGCGUGGCUGUUAGACACUCUAAUUCGCCACCAUUUCCACGUUCUUUGUACCGGUGAUACCGGUACAGGCAAGUCUGUAUCGAUCAAGAAGAAACUGCUUAGUGGACUGAAUGAUCCUCCAGGUAGCGAUGUGCCCCCGAAGUUUGCGUCGUCGAUAUUCCUUAACUUUUCAGCACAAACUAGCGCGAAUCAGACUCAAGAUUUGAUUGAAGCUAAGCUGGAUAAACGUCGCAAAGGCGUGCUGGGUCCUCCUCUUGGACAGAGCUGUGUUAUCUUCGUGGACGAUCUCAAUAUGCCGGCUAAAGAGACGUAUGGUGCUCAGCCUCCUAUUGAACUUCUACGGCAAUGGAUGGGCCACGGAGGCUGGUAUAACCGCAAGGAUAACUCGUUCACUCAACUGGUAGAUAUCCAGUUUAUCGCUGCUAUGGGACCUCCCGGUGGUGGUCGAACACGCAUCACACAGCGCUACGUGCGGUAUUUCAACCUUAUCAAUUUCGUACCGUUCGAUAACGACUCACUCCGAGCCAUUUUCACUCGAAUUACAGACUGGUUUUUGCUUAACUUCCCACAAGCAGUUAAGCAACUCGGUGGUGCAGUGGUGAGCGCUACUAUUGAUAUCUAUAACACCAUUUCGCAAGCAUUGCUACCCACUCCGGCUAAGUCACACUACACGUUUAACUUGCGUGAUUUAUCCAAGGUUUUCCAGGGUGUUGCACAGGCUUCGAGUGACACUAUCAAGGACGGCAAAGACUUUGUUCGAUUGUGGAGUCACGAGUGUCUACGAGUGUUUUCUGACCGACUUAUUGACGACAAGGACCGUGCUUGGUUUGCGGAUAUUCUAACAAAAACUGUUAAGUUGCAUUUCGAUCUGCAGUAUACGGCUGCAGAUGUACGCGGACCGAACGCUACGUUGAUUUACGGUAACUUUGGAGGCGCAGGGGAUGGGAAGAGUGGCGUUAAACACUACGCAGAGCUCCGAGAUCGUGAGAAAUUACAGAAUGCGAUGCAGGUUUUUCUGGAAGAUUAUAACAAUAUGAGUGCAGCGCCCAUGCGGCUAGUACUAUUCCAGAAUGCUAUUGAGCACGUGGCGCGUAUUUCUCGAGUUAUUCACCAGCCUUUGGGCAACGCGCUGCUCGUCGGUGUGGGCGGUAGCGGACGUAAGAGUCUCACGACGUUGGCCGUGUUUAUGGCGGAGUACAAAUUGUUCCAGAUUGAGAUUUCUAAAUCUUAUUCUAGAACGGAGUGGCGUAACGAUAUCAAGAAGCCGUUAUUAAAGGUGGCUACUAUCGAGACAGAUGCGUUGUUAGAAACCAUUUCACGUGAGCAGAAAGAGGCCAAUGCAACAAAAGAUAUCGUCGGUGCAGAGGAGAAAUUGUGCAACGAACAAGCAGCAGAGGCUAACGGUAUCAAAGAGAGUUGUGAAGCUGAAUUGGCUGAAGCCAUUCCAGCGUUAGAGAAUGCAGUUAAAGCACUGCAAACUCUAACGAAAGGUGAUAUUACGGAGAUUAAGGCCAUGAAGAAGCCUCCUGAUGGAGUUAAGCUGGUGAUGGAGGCUGUGUGUAUCAUGAUGCGAGUACCGCCAGUUAAAGUUAAAGACCCAGCGGGUGGCACUAAGAAAGUUGACGAUUACUGGGGACCGGCACAGAAAUCGCUAUUGGGUGAUACGCGCUUUUUACAGAAUCUGUUAGAGUACGAUAAGGAUAAUAUCCCGGUGGAAGCAAUGGAUAAAGUGCGUCCGUAUACUGCGAAUCCGGAUUUCCAAGCGGAUAAAAUCCGUAAGGCGUCUGUGGCAGCGUCAGGUCUCUGCAGUUGGGUACACGCGAUGGUAGUUUACGAUCGAGUAGCUAAAGUGGUUGCGCCUAAACGUGAAGCUUUGAAAGCUGCCACUUUGGCGUUAGAAAAGGCGCAGAGUGAACUCAAGAUCAAGCAAGAUGCGUUGCAACUUGUACUCGAUAAAGUGGCGCGACUGGAAGAAGAUCUGGCGGCUGCGUAUAAGAAGAAGAGCGAUCUAGAAUUCCAAGUGGAUGACUGUUCUAAAAAACUCACGAGAGCUACGCAACUUAUCGGUGGAUUAGGAGGAGAGAAGGCGCGUUGGAGCGAUAUGUCGGCGCAGUUACAGAUAGUCUACGAUAACGUUGUGGGCGAUAUCAUGCUUGCAUCCGGUGUUAUCGCCUAUCUAGGGGCAUUUACCAGUGUGUACCGUGAACGUGCAGUGGAUCAGUGGUGCUCAGAACUCACUAAACAGAAUAUUACGUGCUCCAAGACCUUCACGUUAACAGAAACACUAGGAGAAGCUGUGCAGAUCCGAGCCUGGACGAUCGCGAAGCUGCCGAACGACUCCUUUUCGAUUGAUAACGCUAUCAUGUUACAACGUAGUAAUCGCUGGCCGUUAAUGAUUGAUCCGCAGGGUCAAGCUAACCGAUGGGUUAAGAACAUGGAAGAGAGUAACAAUUUGAAGGUUGUCAAGCAGUCACAAGCCGGGUUUGUACGGAUGUUAGAGAACUCGAUCAUGAUCGGUGCUGCAGUGUUGAUUGAGAAUAUCCCCGAAGAAAUUGACCCCAUGUUGGAGCCGAUUUUGUUGAAACAAGUCGUUAAAACCGGCGGUGUGGCUACUAUUCGGUUGGGCGAUAAUACCGUGGAAUAUGACGCGAAUUUCCGGCUUUAUAUGACAACCAAGCUGCGUAAUCCUCAUUAUCCACCGGAGACGUGUGUGAAGGUGAAUUUGCUUAACUUUAUGGCCACGGAAGAAGGUUUACAAGACCAAAUGUUGGGUAUUGUAGUCGCUAAAGAAGAACCUGUAUUGGAACAGCAAAGAGAGAAGCUGGUGCUUGAAGAUGCAGCGAAUAAAAAGACACUGAAGGAGAUAGAAGAUCAGAUACUGUACUUGCUCCAGACUGCCAAAGGGAAUAUUCUGGAUGAUGAACGGCUGAUCGAGACGCUCGGAGCUUCGAAGAUCACGGCGAAUAAAAUCGAAGAGAAGGUUCGUGAAGCUGCAGUGACCCAGCAGAUGAUCGCAGAGAAACGUCAGGGAUAUUUACCUGUGGCCUUCAGGGCGUCGCAGCUUUUCUUCUGUAUUGCGGAUCUUACCGUGAUCGACCCUAUGUACCAGUAUGCACUUGAGUGGUUUAUCAACCUCUUCGUGUUCUCUAUCAGCCGAGCUGAGAGCUCAUCGGUGCUUGCCACUCGUCUUGACAAUCUCAAUGACGCGUUUACAUUCAUCCUGUACCAGAAUGUAUGUCGAUCUCUUUUUGAAAAGGACAAAUUAUUGUUCGCUUUUCUUCUGGCGAUUAAAAUUCUCGUUGGAAACGGUACGAUCGACGGUACUGAGUUACGGUACUUCUUUACCGGUAAUACCCAGAUGGACCUUCAGAAACCCAAACCUGUAGGCUCUGAAACAUGGCUUAAUGACAAGACAUGGGCAAAUAUCGUUGGACUGGAUGCACUACCGUCGUUCACUGGUUUCAGUGAUACAUUCGCUAAAGAAUUGGAUCUCUGGGAGGUGUCUUAUAACGCUACCGAUCCAGCAGAAACGUUGAUGAAUAUCUCGGUAGUUGCAGCUUUAGACGCCUUCCAGCGUAUCAUUGUGUUACGCUGUAUAAGACCAGAUAAGGUGAUCCCGGCCGUCAUGUCUUUUGUAGCGACCGAGAUGGGCCAGCGCUUCAUUGAGCCACAGCCAUUUGACCUUAAGGCUGGCUUUGACGAUUCGAACUGUUCGACUCCGCUUAUCUUCGUCUUAACACCAGGCGCUGAUCCCAUGUCCGAGCUGCUUAAACUGGCCGCAGAACUAGGUUUUAACAAGAAAUUUGUGGCUAUUUCACUUGGUCAAGGACAAGGCCCAUUGGCCGAAAAUGCCAUCGCUGAAGCGAUAGACAACGGUACUUGGGUGUGUCUACAGAAUUGUCAUUUAUCUGUGAGUUGGCUGCCUACUUUGGAGAAAAUAUGCGAAGAGAUCACACCGGAUAGAGUGCAUGCGAGCUUCCGUCUGUGGCUUACGAGUGAACCUACACGUGCCUUCCCGUCGUAUAUUCUUCAACACGGUGUGAAAAUGACAAAUGAACCGCCUAAAGGGAUGCGAGCGAAUUUGAAAGGGUCCUACUUGACGAUUGAUGAGCAGUGGGUUGCGAGUUGUAAGCGACCUCGAGAGUUCAAGAAGCUGCUGUUUGGCCUCUGUUUCUUCCAUGCUGUAGUGCGAGAACGCACCAAAUUCGGACCAUUGGGCUGGAAUAUCAGCUACGUGUUCUCUUCGUCGGAUUUGGCUAUAUCUAAAGACCAACUGAAGAUCUCCCUAGAUGAUUUACAGCCGAAUGACCCGAUCCCGUACGCUGCGUUAGCGUAUCUGGCUGGUGAGUGCAAUUACGGUGGCCGAGUGACAGACGAUAAAGAUCGACGCUGCUUGAUCACGAUCCUCUCGGACUUCUACACGCCCGAUAUCCUGUCGGAUAACUACACGUUUUCUCCUUCAGGUCUGUAUUACGCACCAUCAGCGGACGGUUCAUUAUCGGUGUUCCUGAACUACAUCGAUCAGCUGCCUAUGAACGAGGGACCGGAAGUCUUUGGACUUCAUGACAACGCCAACAUUUCGACAGCCAUCGCAGAGACGAACUUGCUACUGGAAUCAGCUUUGUCACUACAGCCACGCGGUGCGUCAGGAGGAGGCGGAGCGGCCAAGUCCUGGGAUGAAGUAUUGGACGAAACAGCACGCGACAUCGCGGCUAAGUUGCCUCCUCUUUUUGAUAUCGAGAAGGCAGAGCUCGCGUUCCCAGUGUCGUACUCUGAGUCGAUGAACACUGUGUUGACGCAGGAGCUUGGACGCUUUAACCGGUUGCUGGCGUUAUUGCAAAUUUCACUUGUGGAGAUUCAGAAGGCGAUUAAGGGACUUGUGGUCAUGUCUGCUGAGCUAGAAGCCAUGGGCAACAGCAUGGUGAACGGCCAUGUACCGGCACGUUGGUCUGCUGUUGCGUAUCCAUCGUUGAAGCCAUUGGGCAGUUGGGUUACUGACUUCUUGGCACGCUUAGCGUUCCUACAGAACUGGAUAACACUCGGUAAAGCGCCACCGGUGUACUGGAUCUCCGGUUUCUUCUUCACACAGGCAUUCAUUACCGGAACGCAGCAGAAUUAUGCUCGAAAGCACAAGCUUCCUAUCGAUCAGGUGGGCUACGACAUGGUCGUUCUGGCACAACCAGCGUCGGAGCUUACGGUACCUGCAGAGGACGGUGCCUACGUGGACGGUCUCUUUUUAGAGGGUGCUCGCUGGGAUGCCAAGACACACUCUCUCGCCGAAUCUAGACCUCGUGAACUGUAUGUGCCUUUGCCUGUUCUGCAUCUGCUACCCAAAUCUCGUGACCAGAUCGAACCAAUUAAAGAUACAGAUCCGAAGGGGACGGCGCAUGUGUAUCUCUGUCCGGUGUACAAGACAUCCAAGCGCCAGGGAACGUUGUCAACCACUGGCCACUCGACAAACUUCGUCAUGUCUGUCAGACUGCCCAUGAGCGAAGAACACCGACAGAAGCAUUGGAUUAGGCGGGGCGUCGCCUUGCUCACUCAACUCGACACUUAAACGCUACGGUGUUAUAUUACUGCAUAUUUUUCUAAUCAAACCUGGUAAGUUGAAGUUUACCAACACUCUUAAUUAACUUCAACUAAAACCAUCAUUCC